AACAGACUCAAUUGAUACAAAAUGGCGUCCGCAAGAAGACCUGAGCAUCAAGCACCGCCUGAUGUAUUUUACAAUGAAGCAGAAGCACAAAAGUACACUUCAAAUUCCAGAAUGAUAGAGAUCCAGGAAAAACUCACAGAAAGAGCACUUGAACUCCUAAACAUACCAGAUGAAAAACCGUACUUUAUACUGGACAUAGGGUGUGGGUCUGGAUUGAGUGGUGAAGUCUUAACCAAUGAAGGUCAUUAUUGGAUAGGAGUAGACAUUAGUGAAGCCAUGUUAGGUGUUGCUAUUGAGAGAGAGGUUGAAGGUGAUCUUUUCCUUGGUGACAUGGGUCAGGGUCUGUACUUCAGGCCAGGAACAUUUGAUUAUUGCAUAAGUAUUUCAGCCUUGCAGUGGUUAUGUAAUGCAGACAAAAGAGAUCAUAAUCCAGUUAAACGACUCUACAAAUUCUUUACUUCUCUCUAUGGUUGCUUGGCAAGAGGAGGCAAGGCAGUAUUUCAAUUUUAUCCAGAAAGCCCAAACCAAGUUGAACUUAUUACAACUCAAGCUAUGAAAGCAGGAUUCACAGGCGGCAUUGUUGUUGAUUAUCCAAACAGUACAAGAGCAAAAAAGAUGUUUUUAUGUUUGUUUGCUGGUGCACCAAGUGCUAAAUUACCAAAGGGUCUUGGAGCUGAGGAAUCUUCUGAUGUAGGAGACACAGUCAAAUUCAGUGGAAAAAGAGAAAGAUAUGCUAAAGUACCUCGUGGAAAGUCCAUAAAGAAAUCAAAAGACUGGAUACAAGCAAAAAAAGACAGGCGAAGACGACAGGGAAAAGAAGUGAGACAAGAUUCAAAGUACACUGGACGCCGACGAAAAACAGUUUUCUAAAUAUUUUAUUAAAUUUUAAUUCAAGUAGA